AGCUAACUCGUCCCUAGCCAAAUUUUCAAAGUGUAUCAGUUUUGGGACACAACAGGAUGAGAAUGUUGAUACUUUGAGUUUGAGAGACCACGCUGGUUUCCCAGCACAGUCUGGUUGAGCUCGUCGAAGGAAGCAGCUAAACUACAUAUGACCUUGUCACUGUAAGUCCUGUCUGGAUUUCCGUUGAAUUCAAUUCUACAAACCACGUUUGUUUCGGUUUUGAGAAACACCAACACUACAGGAAAUAUGGGAGUUGUUUGCUUUGAAAUCAAUGGAAAUUCUGCUUCUGCUUUACAUUAUGUUUCCAAUUCGUUCUCUUCAUAUGCGGUUCCCAUUUCUUCGAGACCCUUCUUCGGUAAUGCUUUGAGUGUGAGGGUUGGGAGGAAGUUUCAGGUCUCCCAUACACGAAAACUCAAUAUUGGGCCAGUCAUGGUUUCCCUCAAUGGUGGCUCUGGCUCUAAUGCUGGGUCGGUCAGUGAAGUUCUUCGUCUCAAGGAUAUGGAAUUUAAGCCAUCAUUUGACGAGUAUUUGAAGGCUAUGGAAUCUGCCAAAACUGGAAGGGGCAAGAAGCAUGCUGCUACUCAAACACAGAAGAAGAUGAAAAUGGGGGUUGAUGAUGGAAAUAAAAUUUUUAAAAGGGUCGGAGAGAAAAUUGAUAAAAAAGAUGAUUUUGAAGAUGUGGGGUUAAGAGUUGAUGAAGCUGUUAUGGACAAAGAAGGCUCAUCCACAAGUCAUGGAAAGUUAAGAGGAGGGUUUAAGAAGGAAUUUGAUGGGAAAGAAAGUAAUCUUGAUGUCAAGGCGAAGCAGAAGCAUGGGGCAAACAUGAGGCAAGGUGAGUGGUUGAAACGCCAGAGUCAUAGCUUAGGAUCAGAAUCUGAUGACCGCAGUGUGGUUAAGCGUCGAGGCGAAAAUGGAAGUGGAAGGAUAAGCAAUAGCAUAAUUAGGUCUAAUUCGACUGGUAGCCGUAACAGUCAAGGCAGAAAUGGAAGUGGAGGGAUGAGCAAUAAUAUGAUUAGGUCGAGUUCGAAUGGUAGCCGUAACAGUCAGGGAAAAUAUGGAAGUGGAAGGAUGAGCAAUAACAUGAUUAGGUCUAAUUCGAAUGGUAGUCGUGGGAGUGUCAUUGACAGGGGUGUCCCUUAUAAUAUGUACUCUUCAAAGGUAUCAAGAGAUAGUGGACAAAGAGGAGGGAUGAGCAAAAACAUAAUUAGGUCUAGUUCGAAUGGUAGCCGUGGGAGUGUCAUUGACAGGGGUGUCACUCAUGAUUUAUACUCUUCAAAGGUAUCAAGAGAUAGUAGACAAAGAGGAGGGAUGGGCAAUAACAUCAUUACGUCUAGUUCGAAUGGUAGCCGUGGGAGUACCAUUGACAGGGGUGUCACUCAUGAUUUAUACUUUUCAAAGGUAUCAAGAGAUAGUAGACAAAGAGGCCACAACAUGGGUGGAGAUAAAAUAGUAGCAAGCAGAAAAGUUAUGGAUAGAGGGCUUGAAAGAAAACAUAUUGAAUCUGAGAGUUUGGUAAAUAGAAAUGGGCGGGUGAGCAGUAAGCGUUUCCUCGAUAGGGGUUAUGAUUCUGACAAUUUGGAAGUGGAACGAGCUGCAUUCAAGAAUCUUGAGGACCCAAAAAAUGUUAUCAGCAAGAAACAAUUUUCACAUAAGGAAAUGGAGGAGAAAAUUCAGACGCUAGCCAAAUCGUUGAAUGGUGCAGAUAUCGGUUUACCUGAAUGGAUGUUUUCCCAGAUGAUGAGAAGUGCAAAACUCAAAUUUAAUGACUAUUCGAUAACCAGGGUUAUCAUACUCUUGGGAAAUCUAGGAAACUGGCGUCGAGUGGUACAGGUCAUCGAAUGGCUUCAAAGGCGUGAGCGUUUCAAGUCCUAUAAGCUAAGGCAUAUAUAUACUGCUGCUCUUGGUGCACUUGGGAAGUCGAAGAGACCCGUAGAGGCACUGAAUGUAUUUCAUGCUAUGCUGCAACAAAUGUCCUCAUAUCCUGACUUAGUAGCUUAUCAUAGUAUUGCUGUUACUCUAGGGCAAGCAGGGCACAUGAAGGAACUCUUUGAUGUGAUUGAUAUUAUGCGAUCACCACCAAAGAAGAAGAUCAAAACAGAGAUAUUUGAGAACUGGGACCCAAGACUGGAACCAGAUAUUGUAGUCUAUAAUGCUGUCCUUAAUGCCUGUGUUAAGCGGAAGCAGUGGGAAGGGGCCUUUUGGGUUCUACAGCAGUUAAAGAAACAGAACCUACAACCUUGUCCUGCAACUUAUGGCCUAGUUAUGGAGGUGAUGUUUUCAUGUGGCAAGUACAACUUGGUUCAUGAAUUUUUCAGAAAACUUCAGAAGUCUUCUAUUCCCAAUUCAUUAACUUAUAGAGUUCUCGUGAAUACGUUUUGGAAAGAGGGGAAAACUGAUGAGGCCAUAUCAGCUGUCCAAGAAAUGGAAACACGUGGAAUUGUAGGUUCUGCUGCCAUUUAUUAUGAUCUAGCUCGAUGCCUCUGUGCAGCUGGAAGAGGUCGUGAGGCACUGAUGCAGAUAGACAAGAUAUGUAAGGUUGCAAAUAAACCACUAGUAGUAACCUACACUGGUUUGAUGCAAGCAAGUCUAGACUCUGGAAACAUUCAAGAUGGGGCUUAUAUUUUUGAGAAAAUGAAGGAAAUUUGUGCUCCGAAUCUGGUUACUUAUAACAUAGUGCUGAAAGCUUACCUGGAACAUGGGAUGUUUCAAGAAGCUAAAGAGUUGUUGGAGCAAAUGUUGGAAAACACAAAUCAUCUGAGGGAAAAAACUGACAAUAAGAUGCGGGUGAUACCAGAUAUAUACACAUUCAAUACCAUGUUAGAUGCAUGUGUUGCAGAGAGGAGAUGGGAUUAUUUUGAGUAUGUCUAUCAAAGGAUGUUGUACCACGGUUACCACUUCAAUCCAAAACGACAUCUUCGAAUGGUACUGGAGGCUUCAAGAGCUGGAAAGGAAGGGCCAUUGGUGAUAACAUGGAAGCACUUGGCCGCGACAGAUCGACUUCCGCCAGUUUCUCUGGUCAAGGAGAGGUUCUGUGUGGAGCUUGAGAAACAUGACCAUGUUGCUGCUCUCACAUGUAUCAUCAACUAUCCCCCAAAAGAUUUGGAGCCAUUCUCCAAGUCUUCAUGGUUGAGUCUGUUCAAAGAAAAUUCUCAGAGGUAUCAGAAGGACACAAUUGUUAGACUAAUAAAUGGGGCUAGCAAUGUCGUUUCCAAUAGUAGCUUGCCAAAUCCAAUACUUGUGUGUUUAAUGCAAUCAUGCAAAGAAUUUUUUUUCGCCACUGAUGUUAGUGGAGCUGACAUGGAUUCAGUGAAAAAUGUAUUUGCAGUAGAUAGUAAACUAGCGGUAGCCAAAGAUGAUCCAAAACUUUGUAAUAUAAACUCAACCAAAAUCCAAUGAAAGCCUUUUAUUAAUAGCA